UUCUGCGUGCGCGUGGGACUUUCACAAACCUAAAGUUUAGCUUCCUUUUUGUUAUUUAUUUAUUUUUAUUUUUUUUUAAUCAGCUAUUUUUUUUAUUAUAGCCCCGUUUUUGUUCUAUGACAGGUUAUGUGCCUCAUGUAGGAUGAAAUGAAUGUGCGUUAUUCAGCCUUCUUGCUAGUUUGUACGUAUGCGUUGGUAUUACAAGCACGGGGUUGCUAAGCAACGGAACUUUUACUGUAACUAAACAACUAGUUAACUAAAUGAUUUGUCUGUGUGGGUUUCUGUGUAUAUCCAGUCUGUUAUGAGUUAAGUCCUAGAUCAGUGCGUUUGUUUGUUGAUUGGAGUGAAGGUCAUGUCCAAGCCUGUGUUUGUGCUGAGGUUUGGUCAGUAUGGGGAGCCUCGGUGCUGACGGUCAGCUGGAUGAAGUUCACUGUUUAUGGGCUCUGUGUCCACAUCCGUGCUGCUGGGAGACUGAGCAUCGCAUCGCUAAAGGUGUUUACCGCCAUGCAGUCCGAGCAUCUGAUCCCAAACAUCACGCUAAUGAUGAAGACGCGCUGCCGUCUCUGACACUGGUGGAUGUUUCUGACUGGACGGGAACCAGGAGUGUGAGUUCAAGCAGAACGUCUCUGAGCAGAGUUCCUCCUCCUCCUCCACGCAGAGACGCUGCACCCAGGCUGAGAACAACAAAUCCAUCUUUCCCAGUGAUCACCUCAGCAGCAGCGAAAUCCAAUACCAGAGAAAAUGGCACCAGAGAUAAGGGUGUAAGUGAUAACACAGCUCACAUCAGCCCUCUGAUUGGCUCGCCAUGGGGAUCAGGAUCAUUAGUGCUGUGGGUCCCGAAUCCUCACUACAUCCCUCAGUGUCUUAAAAGCUUAAAAUCUCCACACUGUUCAGUGAAGGAGUUAACAUGCCUCCCGGCUGCUCAGACACCGAGCACGUCUAAAGUGAACUGUAAAAGAACCACGAAGAGGGUGCGGUUCCAGCUCACCUCUUCACCCCUGACCUUUCACUCCAGUCAGCAGACGUCAGUCUCACCAGGUCAGCUGGAGGCGGGUGCAGGAGACGGUCUGCAGGUAUCAGCAGUCAUAGAUGAUCCUGAACACCUGAGAGACCUGAGUGCGUUCCUGGUGAAGAACAAACCUGCUGUUUUUCACACCGUGCAAGAGAGGAUGGUCAGGAGAACCAGCCAGGACACACCAGCUUCACUUUACAAACUGGACAGCAAGACGGGUGAGGAGGAUGUAGACUGGGACAGUCUGAGGCAACAGACUUACCUCUGGAAGAGGCAUAGCGUCCGUCCUGAGCAUGUCAUUCCACCAGGGGGCACCAGAGGAGCUGAGGAGACUUUCGGCUUGUCUCCUGUUCGUAAACCGAGCUCAGAUCGAACGCUUCCCAGCCCACAGUGUGCAGCUCCUGCAGCAUGUCCGUGUGUGAACAGAAAGGUGUGUUACACUCAUCCCCUGCUCUCUCGCAAAAAGCACCUGUCGCGAGGAACAGGGUCAGAACUGGACAUGACCAUACGCAGCACUUCUGCUGUUACUGAACACAAUCAGCUACACAGAAUGUUGGACACAGAUGAGAGGCGUGAGAGAGGCAGGGGCAGUAAAGGUACCUUUGCCCCACCGAACUCCGAAUUUUACAGCCGGGGCUCCACCCACCAGCUCUAUGAGAACUUUAAUCCCAGUCCUGACACCAGCCGAGAUCUGAGGAUCAUCACUGGAGCGAUGGAGCCCUGGGGAGGGAGAAGCUCUACAGAACGUUUCUGUACUUCCAUACCAAGCCUCAUCUAGCUCUAACACACACUCACCCACACACACACACACACACACACUUAUCCACCCACACACACACAAACUACUUCACUGAAGAGAUGUGACAGAUGAGUAAUCAAAGCAAAGCAACUCACAAUAAAUAUAAAAUAAUCGUAUAAUCGUAUGUAUUAUAUGAUAAUAAAUUCUUUCUUAACCUCCAGAUCUUUUCUCCAUCAGACGGUUGACCAGUGGUCAGAGUUGCACGUCACAUCACCUCAGAAGGACAAACACACACACCCGGGUUCUCCACCAGCUUCACUGCUUUCACAGCAAUUUCUUUGCUCUUAAAAAUCCAUUACCGAACACAUUUCACAAUUUUCCACUUACCUCAAAUGUGUGGAGUUGCAACGCUAAUGUAGCUAAUUUUGUGAAUCCUGUGAAAAAAGAACAACCAGAGGUGAAAAUGAUGUGUGUGGAAAAAUCAGAUGUGGAAAUUAAUGACUCAUGUGGGAGGGAAACAUCACAGGUGAAAAUAAAAGAACAGACGAGUCCAGCUCUUUGGCUCAAGGUUACUGCAGUGGUCAGAAACCUUCAUGGUUCAACACCACAGCUGCAGGUGUGGAGGAGAUUCGGAGAUGCAGAGGGUCGUGGACGAAGUUGGGGUUGUGUAGUUCACUGGGGAUGAGUAGUUGUGUUCUAUUUAAAAGGAACCUUGGUACUCACCUGCCCAGGAAAAGUCUAUCGGUCACUCCAGGAGGGGUUUUUUUUGUCUUUUUUUUAUUGAUAAACCUUAAACCAUUGAUAAGAAGAUCAGCAACCUCUGACUCAGAGGUCAUGGGUCUUUCCCAGAAGAGAUUGAGAUACUUCACAUUUAGGUGAGAGGACAGACCUUAACCCUGGUGGAGCAGUUCAGGUAUCUUGGGCUCUGAUUCUCAAGUGAUGGAAAACAUGACCAUGAGACUGACAAAGGUCAGCAAUUGCAAUGAUGAGGUUUAAGAACCUUGCUUGGGGGUCCAGCAGUGUCAGCUUGGUGGUACUGGGGCUUUGACCUUCGAAAGAACAAACCAGAGCCUUAACCACUUGAGCUGCAGUGGUAGUGAAGCAGGUUAGUUAAG